AUGUCGUGUAAUGUCAAGUGAAAUCAUCAUCGUGUUGGUGAAGUGAAAUGUGGAUAAAUUUGAAAAAAGAUAACUUGUUUUAAUAGUUUAGAAAAAAGUACAUAUUCCUAUUUCCUACACCAUGGUUCUAGAUUUAGACCUAUUCCGUGCCGACAAAGAUGGAGAUCCGGAUAAAAUUCGCGAAAAUCAGCGUAAACGAUUCAAAGACGUUGGUUUGGUGGAUACUGUGGUGGAACAGGAUACCCUAUGGCGAAAAUUACGCCACGACGCCGACAAUUUGAAUAAACUUAAAAAUGUGUGUAGCAAAGAGAUCGGUCAAAAGAUGAAAAGCAAAGAGCCUGUUGGUCCUGAAGACGAGCCAGUACCUCAAGAAGUCAGUGAUAACCUCAUCAACUUGACCGGUGAACAGCUCCGACCACUCACCGUGAAUCAAAUCAAAAAGGUAAGAUUACUAAUAGAUGAUGCAAUCACAAAGAAUGAGCUGGGUCUUGUCACAGCUGAGAAAGCUCGUUCAGCUGCUCUCAGAGAAGUGGGCAACCACUUGCAUGAAUCUGUGCCAGUAGAUGAUGAUGAGGACCACAAUGGCAUUGAGAGAACAUUUGGAGAUUGUGCAGUUAGACAAAAGUACUCACAUGUGGAUCUCAUAUGUAUGAUAGAUGGUAUGGAUGGUGAGAGAGGAGCAGCAGUGGCAGGGGGUCGAGGCUACUAUCUCAAAGGGCCCGCCGUAUUCCUGGAGCAGGCCUUAGUUCAGCUCUCACUUAGGAUAUUAUUGAAAAAGGGUUAUACACCCCUUUACACACCUUUCUUUAUGAGAAAAGAGGUGAUGCAAGAAGUUGCUCAACUAGCCCAAUUUGAUGAAGAACUGUACAAGGUGGUGGGAAAAGGUUCAGAGAACAAAGGAGAUGCUGUCGUUGAGGAGAAAUAUCUCAUUGCUACCUCAGAGCAACCAAUUGCUGCAUACCACAGGGAUGAAUGGAUUCCAGAAGCUUCUUUGCCUAUUAGGUAUGCUGGUCUGUCCACGUGUUUCCGACAAGAAGUCGGAUCCCACGGCCGAGACACUCGCGGCAUUUUUAGAGUACAUCAGUUUGAAAAGGUAGAGCAAUUCGUCCUGACAUCUCCCCAUGAUAAUGCUUCAUGGAAUAUGAUGGAUGAGAUGAUUGGCAACGCCGAAGAGUUCUGUCAAAUACUCGGCAUUCCUUAUCGCGUCGUGAACAUCGUCUCUGGCGCGCUGAACCACGCCGCUGCCAAGAAGUUGGACCUUGAGGCCUGGUUCCCAGGGUCUGGCGCCUUCCGAGAGCUGGUCUCAUGCAGCAACUGUUUGGAAUAUCAGGCUAGGAGACUGUUGGUCAGAUACGGGCAAACAAAGAAAAUGAACGCGGCCACAGAGUACGUGCACAUGCUGAACGCGACGCUGUGCGCCACCACGCGCGUCAUCUGCGCGCUGCUGGAGGUGCACCAGACUGAGGAGGGCAUCAAGGUGCCUGAGGUGUUGAAAGAUUGGAUGCCGGAGCAGUAUCAAGAGCUCAUACCGUUCGUGAAGCCGGCGCCUAUAGACGUCGAAGCCGCGGCCGCCGCCAAGAAGGGCAAGAAACAGAAUGAGAAAAAGCAAUAGUGCCUUCUGUAUUGCAAACGUUGUUAUAUUGCGAUCGUCGCGAGGCUUUGUUAUUGGCUGGAGAUUAUCCCCCGAAAUAUAAAAAACUUGUGCUAAUAUAACGAUAUUUAAAAAAAAUCGUUUUAAUAUAUUAAAGACAGUAUUUCUAUGUAUUUAUCUUACAGCCACAGAAUUUCUAUAACUGCAAUUUUCGUCACAAAAUGGAUUCAAUGCACAUUCACUUUUUUCAACUUGUAUCUUUGAUUGUUAAACACACAAAGUCUUGGUAUCCAAGCGUGCCCUUCAAAAAUAGGAUGUCUUAAAUAAAAAUGCCACGCAUAUUAUUUAUUUGCAGCAUUAUUUCUUUAGAUUGCUUUCUAUUAUUUUGGAAUCUGUAUUAACUAGACCGUAAACAACUCUCGUGACAUCAUCCUAGGUAUAUCAAAAAAAUUUAGGCACUUUUCAAGCAUCAGCCAAUAUACAAGAUUGCGAUAAUUCCAAUAGCAACAUCUAAUAAUCUGUAAUAAGGGUGUAAGUUUAUUCAUUUUCCGCAUUAAAUGCAUUUAACUUAUUUCUAUUUAGCUUAAAGUUUAUAUCUGUCCGUUUACAUUAAUAAAUGAAUGAGCUUUUCUGGA